ACUUGAAAUAAUUGAAAGAUCAUAUAAUUAUAAAUUAAAUUACACUUACUUUCCGCUACAAGUUCCUUCGACUUCUGUAUAUAAUUUUUGUUUAACUGUGUCAAGAAGUUGAGGUCCAAAGUAUCUAGGAUGUAGAAGGAUCUCAUGCUCCAAAGAUAUCUGAGCAAAAUUUUGAAUUAAUUUCUUUGUUUAUUACUUUUCUAAUGUUUAUGUAUUAUUUAAAUUAAUUUAAUAUUUAUGCUUACAUGAUAAAACAUUGUAUAACAUUAACGAUAAUUUUUUAUAGUAAUUUUUUAGAUCGUUUAAAAAUAAAAAUAACAAACGCGUGAAAUCGUUUGAUGGGUUUUUUGAGGUUAUGUAGACCUUAAGUCAUAUUUCCAAUUUUCACAACAACAAAAUACCACCACAAAUUUAACAUGUAUUUACAUCGUUUACAUGCAUAUUUGUGUAUGUAUACAUGCAAGCCUAUUUACCAAACAUACGUAAAUCUAUUCACUGUUAUGUUUUGAGAGAUUUUGCAUUGAGCUUGUAUUCUCAUCUAUUGUAUAAUGUUUAACAGUAAAAAAAAUAAUUUGCCGCCUAGGCCAAGCUUACCUUUACCUGAACAAAUAUUAGAAGAUCUUCAUAAUGCAAAUAAAAAUGAUAUAACCUUCAAUAUCAUAAAAAGUGAAAAUGAGAAGAAAUCAAAUUCUUAUUUCUCAUCCAACACCAAUGAAACUGAGAAUAUUUAUGAAAAAGCUCGAGGAUAUUUAGAUGGUAUCCAACAAUUAAAAGUAUUGGAAAAACAAUUAAAUGAAGAACAAGAAUCAUUAAAAAUCAGUUAUGACGAAAUUACAAAAUUAGCACAAGACAUUCGUAAUCAAGCACAGGCAGUUCUUAUAAAAUAACACAAAACAUAUGAUUAAAGAAAUUAAUUACAAAUA